CGUACUAUUCUAGAGGUCUACCUUCUCAACUUUAUCUGAACUCCGCUGUAAUACCAUACAAAGUAAAUGACUUAGUGCCGCUGAAGAACAGAUCAGCAUACUGUACAGGUCAGGGUGUUAAUAGGAGGACUUUGGAGUUUCCCCAUCGAGGGUGACAAAGGACAGGUGCAUGUGAGGAGUUAUAUAUUGGAAAUGUGGCUAAGUAGAGAUGUUCUCUGUACCUUUAUAACCCAAUAGCCCUGCUCCUCUUUCCUUUGCAACUUACCAACUGCCGUGCUGCACCCAGGCCUCCAACACAGGUCUCCUGCCUAUGGCUAGGGUACCAUGGGUGGUUUCCAUCCUGUUACUGCUGGUGCUCCAUGCUCCAUGGGUAGCCCCUGCCCCUACCCAGCACCUGUGUGGCUCCCAUCUGGUAGAUGCCCUGUACUUCGUAUGUGGAGAGAGGGGCUUCUUCCAUAGUCCUAAACGACUCCACAAGCGGGAUCUGGAACACUUGCUUAGGUUCCUGUCUAAAAAAGCCAGACAAGAAGAGCGGCUCUGGAGAAAGUUUACUGGCAGCGAUGAGCCCAAGGUGAAGAGAGGCAUCGUGGAGCAGUGCUGCCAUAAGCCAUGCAGCAUUUACCACCUGGAGGGCUACUGUGACUGACCUGAAGACACCACACACCCAAACCUUCUCACAACUUGUAAGGAAAAAGGGCUUGGACGUCCAUAUUUGGUUGUAUACUUGCUGGCUAUGUUUAAACUACUACAGCAAAUAAAGCUUCAUGACCCAUAACCUAAGGCUCCUCUCUGCAAAGAUGUGACUUUGUACUUUUUGUCUAUUAAGGAUAAAGCUGCAGAAGCAUGGCUUUCUAAUACUGCUGCCAUCGUUUCGACCUAUGACUGCAAUCCUACAGUGCUCUCUGCUGGCUUGCAACAGAAAUAGCCAGUAAGAUUUCAACAACAAAUGUCCAAUCUCAGCCACGUUUACUAGAAUGUUAAAAGACUGCUUUAUUUACAGAUAGAAACAUUUGCACCCAAAUGUGACAAGUCUCUAUUGGUAUUCGUUGUUAAUUUUCAGACACAUUUCUGACAUGACUAUUUCACUCUUGAGACAAAAAGCAUUAAUUAAAACGAAUGAAACAAAAGUUUAUAUCCAGAGACUGCGGUUCUUGU